GAAAAUUUCGUUCAAAAAAUUAUAUUGUUUUUUUGACAAUUGGUCAUUUCUCGCUGAAGGAAUUUGAUUAAACAAUUUUGUUUUUUUUGUCUAAUUAAUAAUAUUAUACUUAAGUACAUUAUUUCAUAAUGGGAGCGAUACUAGCGUUUUUUCGGCGCAAGCCUCCAGAAACUCCCAUAAAAGGUCCUAUACCAAGAGUGAAGAAUGUUGGAAUGCACCACUUCAGGGGGCUUCUUGGCGUGCUGUUGCCAGUUAUCAUUAUAAGUUGGCAAUUGGAUACACACGUUCCUGAGAAGACUACAUUCCACAUAUGGAUUUUAAUGGCUUUUUUUUUCUUAUUUCAACCUGUAACUCUUCAAGUAACCGGUAGUAUUCCUAUAUUUGCAUUUCCUAUGUUCGGAAUACUGUCAACCGCUGAAACGGUAAAAUGCUAUUUCAACGAGGGCGCAGCACUGUUUGUAAUAGGCGGCAUGCUACAUUUGUUACUCAAUAACUCUGGCUUCGAUAGACGUUUGGCGCUGUUCAUAUUGUGCAAAGGCGAUGCUAAAUACUUUUCGCCGAUAAAAUUGCUUAUAAAGAGUGCGUUUGCUGCAUUUUUUUUGUCAAUCUUCUGUCAUCGGCUUAUCGUUGCCUCUACUAUAAUUCAAUAUGUUGCACCAACUCUGAUGGAUAUGCAAGUAGCGACACGAAGAUACAGAGCAUCGGAACCGAAUUUUGAUUCGGUUAGAUACAUUAUCUGUAAUGCCAUAUCGAUUUCAUGCUCGAUUGGGGGCAUCGCUAUUGUCCAUUCGUCUUACUGUACACUGGCUUUCAGGGCGAUAUUUUAUGAUUUGGGUUACCCAGAUUUUAUGAAUUAUGCGCAGUAUUCAGCAUUUGCAGUUCCAGUGGCUAUUGCACUAUUUGUGAUUAAUAUAAUUUACCAUGGUUUACUGCUGAAAUUCGCUAGUGGUAAGCCAAUAAGCGCUGGACGAAUGGCUGAAGUGCGUGCGGCCUUAAUAAAACAUAAGUCGGAAAUACCUCCAAAAAUAACAAACCACGAAAAGUUGACUGUUUUCUUUUUAUUCCUUGCACUAUUGGCAUUUUUUGGCCGUCACGUAUAUAAGAUGAAUGCUGGAUGGAAUAAACUAAUUUACGGAGCCGAUGGUUUCUUGGAUGGCAGCGUGGCCGCCAUGUUUGUUAUAUUUCUACAUGUAUUACCAAGAAGUUGUAAUUUCAUUAAGAUUGUUAGAGCUAAAAAAAAGAGUCAACUACCCCCAACGAAGCCAGAGUCUGCUAUUUUAUUUUAUCGCUUUGUUGAUAAGAACACAAAUUAUGGAUACUUUUUCCUAAUCGGAGCAGGCUUAGCGCUGGCGAAAAAAUCUAGCGGCGGUAAAGACUCAAUGGCCGCUGUAGUCAGCAGCAAAUUGUCAUUUCUUACGAAUUUGGAUUUUUGUAUCGCUAUUUUGAUUAUUGCCCUUAUGACAGUUUUCAUAACAAAUAUCAUAUCUGGUGUCGCUUGUAUUGCCAUUUGGUUGCCCGUCGUGCUUUGUUUAGCGCAUGAACAACAGCCAACAUCUCCUUGGGUUACCAAAAUGUUUCGGCCUGCUUUGACAGUGGGUAUAGCUAGUUCAUUUGGAUACAUAAGCCCUUUUCUAUACACGCCUGCGUAUUUUUGUUACCAUACAGGAAAAGUACCUAGACGAGCAAUGCUAAAAUUUGCGGUAGCACCUUGCAUAUUAUCUGCCCUUGUGCUUUACCUGGCGAUGUGUUUCUACUCUCCUGCUAUUUUCGGUGAUGAAAUGUUGCCGACAUUGCCGGCGUCGGCUGUGACUACAACUGGUCCAGGAGGACCUGCUCCAACAGCCCCCCCAGCCGGGCUUCUUCUUUAGUAUUGUACGCGUGCAAAUUUAUAUUCAUAAGUACUUGUGUACUGCACUAUUAGUUCACUACCUACUACUUGCACUAUUGUUAUAUUAAUAUGGAGUAUUAAAAAUAUAAAUUUCAAUUUUCUUUUGCCUAC